AUGGCUGACGCUAAACCCGCACGGCAUUAUUCGGCACUGCCGCGCCAGAGCGUUGGCGAGCGAAAAAGCCAGCCCAGUCCGAAGGGGGAAAUCUACCGAGCACCAUCUGACCAGGCCUUCCCGACAAAACUCGAGAAGUCGCAAUUUCGAUCUCGACUUGCCAUGGACGCCAUCACAGAUGAUCCACCACGAUCGCUGGUGCCAGCAAAUAUCGUCGGUUCGCUCUCCUACGUAAUUACUCACGCUACGCGCACCAAGUAUGGUGAGCCCUGUUCGCAAUGCAUGUGCCAAGAAAAGGCGAGCGAGGCUGCCGACCGCAUUCAAGGCUCGUAUGCGCAAGUCAACCAUGCCAUCUGGACAUUGGCAGCUGCUGCGCCGUUACUGGUCUUCUUCUUGGUCUUCUCUCGCUAUAUCUUCGCAGGUCGGAUAUUUCAAUUUGUCUUCGGCCAGCGAACAGCCAUGAUUUUCACAACUGGAUUCAUCGUUUUGCAUCACAUCGAACUGCCGCGAUCGAUUUUUCGGCCCGGAGGCAGCUCAGCCCACGGAAGUACAAAUGGUGCAACAUUCACUUCGAUGCCGGAAUGCUGGCCAACUCAGGACAUCAUCGCCGGCGGCACAGUAACGGGCGUCAGGCCUCCAUCCACUUGGCUCGUCUCAAAACGUCUGCAUCGUAUGGUAUCGUCUGGCGGCCUUAAGACCGCCCCACACCAUAACAAUCUUCUGGGUUCCUCGACACGAGUCCUGUUUCCCGGAUUCGAUAUGGCCAAGGAGUGA